AUGCAAUGUGAUCCUAUUUGUUUCCUGUGUAAUUUGCAUCCUGAGUCAAUUGAGCAUCUAUUAUUUGAAUGCAGUUUUAUUAAGGUCAUUUGGGAAAGAAUUUUGGCUAUUUUUGGGUGCAACAGGUCUAUUUUAAGCUUUGAUGCUGAAGUUAUGUGGGUGUCUAAAAUCUGCAGGAAGGAUAGAGCUAAAAACAGACUGUUGGGAAUGUGUUUUGCUGAAUCUGUGUAUCAUAUUUGGUUACAGAGAAACUCCUUGAUUUUCACAGGAAAUUUCAAAUCUGGUGAACCUAUGAUCAGAGAUAUAUUAUUUGCUGUUGCCAGUAGAUGCUCUGGUUCUGACAGGAAUUUGUUGAUCCUCUGA